AUGAUGAAAGAGAAGGGGGAGGAGCAAAUAGAAAAUGAGAGAAGAUGGAGAAGGAAAGCAAAAUGGGGGAGAAAUAAAUGGAGAAGGAGAUAUAAGAGGAGAUGGUGGAGACAGAGGAGGACAAGACAAAAGAGGAGGUGGAAUAAGAAAAAGGUGGAGGAGACAGAUGAAGUGGAUAAGAAAGAGAUAGACGACGAGAACAAGACAGGAAAGAUAAUGAAAAAGGAGAAGGAGACGCAGAAUGAGGAGGAGGAGAAAGAGAAAAAGGAGUAUAAAAUGAUAAUGGAGGAAGAGCAGAAAAGGAGGACUGGACAGAGAAAGAAGAGAAGAAAAAGGAAAAGGAGGAGACAGAGAUGA